AAGCGGACCGAAGAAAAGAAAUUCAGCAUUGGUCGAGAGCGCGAUAUGAACGGCGACAGAGAUGUGCUCGUACCUCGAUGUGUAUUAGAGGAUUUCACGCGUUGUAGCGAUAGUCUUCUCUGGAAAUUAAUGAUGUCCUUUUACGACCGGAAGGGAGUGGAAUCGUGGAGUCAGGGUAUAGUGCCUCACUUCAUACCUUGCAAUGCGUUUAUCGGACGUACAUCAGUAUACGCAUUGCCACUCGAUUCCUCGGAGCCUCUGUACAUUGUUGAGCUUGGAGCAGGCUCGGGGAAAUUUUCCUUCUUUAUGCUUAAGGCAAUAAACGAGCUUUCAGGAUUGCUGAACUUCCCCUGUACCAAGCUUGUGUAUGUUAUGACUGAUUUUACAUGGAAUAACCUGAAAUUUUGGAAUGAACAUGAAAGCCUACGUUUGUAUAUCGAUAACGGACAGCUGGACGUCGCGAUUUUUGACGCUGUAAAUGACGAGUCAAUCAAACUUUAUCAUUCUGAUUUAUUGAUUUGUCCAUCCACAAUGAGAAACCCAAUUUGCGUCAUUGCAAACUAUCUUUUUGACACAUUAUGUCAUGACAUAUUCCAAGUCGAGAACGGCGAGUUGAAGGAGGGGCUAAUCUCAGUCGGAUCCCGAAAAGAUCUGGAGGAUGACCCUUUAGAUCCAGAAAUAAUAAAACGAUUUGACAAUCAAUUCCAGUAUCGCGUUGUCGACGAAGACUACUACACUAAACUAGAAGUCGAAGAUGCUAGGCAUUUCAAACGUAUUCUUCGGUGGUACCGGGACUUUUUUGGAAAUUCGCAGAGUGGUGCUUCAAUCCUCCUCCCCAUUGGUGCUUUGCGUGCUCUUCGACGCCUCACUUCAUUUGCGGGUGGCCGUGCUCUAGUCCUCUCGGGAGACAAAGGAAACAAUAAUCAUGAACAGUUUCGAGGUUUAAUGGACCCCCACGUUGCAGUUCAUGGCUCUUUCUCCGUGAUGGUCAACUAUCAUGCUAUUGGUCUUUACUGCACCAGUCGCUCGGGCUUUGUCCUGCAUGAUCCACAAGAAGAAGCCUCACUCAAGGUAUCAGCAUUAGUUUUCACGGGAGAGUCUUCUACAUGUUCACCAUUAAGUGACUCCGCAGAUCGGACCUACGCAAAAUGCGUAGAAACUCGAGCAUCAUCCUCGAGCUUCGACCUGUGCGAAACACAAGCUUGGACAGGAAACGAAGUAGAGCGCCUUUCUGCUGCUCGCUCGAUUGCGUUUCCCUAUCUCUGCCGGACCUUUCGUGACUCGAUAAUCUCAUUCGGUCCCAAUGACUUUUUUGUCAUGCAGAAGAGCAUGAAAGAAGACACUCAGCGGCCAGCUCUCAAGGCAAUUGUUGCGCUCCUAAAGCUGAGCAAUUGGGAUCCGGAUGUAUUUUAUAAAUUUCGUGAUGUCAUACUUCAACAGGUGCCCACUUGUACAAUCAAGUUGCGUAGCGAUUUAUGUCGAAACCUCCCUUACAUAUGGGCCAAUCACUUCAUACUUGACAAGGAUAAAGAUGUGGCAUUCGAGGUGGGGCGACUGUACUAUGGCCUUCGCAUGUACGAAGACGCAGUCCGAUUCUACUGCAUAUCCGUUGCAUCUAGUGGCGAACACCAUGUCACCUUCCAUAAUAUGGGACUGUGCUAUUACUCGCUUGGGCAGCUGGAGGUUGCGAUGGAAAACUUUAACAAGGCUCUCUGGCUCAAAAAUGAUUAUGCAAAGGCAAGGGCAUGGCAACAGAAAUUGUUAAGAGAAACUAAGGGCUAACUGAAUUGCGGGAGGAGGGCUCAUACACUUGUCAUCCCACAUCCCAUGAUGCUAUCCCAACCACGCUAUUCACCUUUUCAGAUGCAAGUGUCACGACAGAAAUUCGACAAGCUUCAAGAGCGAAGGCCCAGGAAGCACGAGGGGUCAUGGCUUCAGAGACCACAUUGUCAUCUCGGGAAAAGUCUAGGCCCCAAAUCAUGGCGCCAAAUCACCUAUAAAUCACGGGUAAAGACCCGAGCCCCAUAUUAGAGAUCGGCCUGUUGCUACCAACCAGAGCUGCCAGCGAGCUGCCAGCUGGUCUAGGGCCGGUCUAGGGCGGUGUCUAAUUGUCGCUACACAGGGUCGCAAUCGAGCUCCCAAUGCAUGAACGCGGCAGCUCUUCCUUGUCGGAAGGCUGGGUUAAUGGCGUUUUUGUU